AUGGACCAUAUUUUACCAUAUUGUUUCCUUCUGCCUGUAACUGUUCCGACCACGGCUCGUGUGACGCGGGGCGGAAGGGUUCGGGAUCCUGUUUCUGUGAGACGGGCUGGACCGGCGAGGGCUGCCAGACGCCGCAGGGUGAAUGACGUCCCAGUGUGUUCUCCAUCCUGUUCUCCGAAAGCUGUCUGUCAGCAGAACAACACCUGCGUGUGUCGGCCAUUUUAUGAAGGAGACGGAUACACCUGUACAGUGCUGGACGUGUGCGCGACGUGGAACGGCGGCUGCGCUAAAGGAGCGAAGUGUUCCCAGAGAGGAGAGACGGUGACCUGCUCGUGUCCUAAGGGCUACGCCGGAGACGGCUUCUCCUGCCAGCCCAUUGACCCCUGCGUCGCCGGGGACAACGGCGGCUGCCACCAACACGCCACCUGCACCAUGACGGCUCCGGGGAAGAAGAAGUGCACCUGCAAGGACAACUACGUCGGAGACGGAGUCACGUGCGACGUCAAACAGCUGCCGAUCAGCCGCUGUCUCCAGGACAACGGACGAUGUCAUCAAGACGCCAAAUGUACAGACCUCCACUUCGAAGGUAGCAAAUUUCAUGAACACGUUAAUGGUUAA